GUUCAGGAUGCACUGCUACGAAAACUUGAUCAAUUAUCUCAGCUGUGGGAUCAUCCUGGCAGGACUGGGGCACCUGGUCCAUCACAAGAAGGCACAGACCUCCUAUGGACGCCAUAUGGGACCUUCUCCUCCUGCGAGGACAGUUCCUGCUAGACUGGCUUGGUUCCUCCAGGAGAUGCCAGCUCUCCUGAUCCCCCUGUUUCUCAUGUUCACCUCGCACAAAUCCUCCAGUAUGGGGAAGUUCUUGCUGAUCGGGACCUUUUGUGUGCACUACUUUCACAGGACAUUUGUCUAUUCACCCCUGACCAGAGGACGGCCUUUCCCACUGGGUGUGAUGGUGGCAGGAGGUUUCUUCUGCUCUCUGAAUGGUUUCCUGCAGGGACACUACCUGCUGCAUUGUGUCCAGUUUGACCAUGAGUGGUCAACUGACUAUCGCUGCAUGACUGGUUUACUUCUGUUUUAUACUGGAAUGGCCAUCAACAUACACAGCGACUGUAUUUUGCGAAACUUAAGGAAGCCAAAUGAUGUAGUAUACAAGAUUCCUACAGGAGGUCUGUUUGAAUAUGUGUCAGGUGCCAACUAUUUAGGAGAGAUCGUGGAAUGGUUUGGAUAUGCAGUAGCCACCUGGUCCCUUCCAGCACUCUCAUUUGCUUUUUUUAGCCUCUCUUUUACUGGACCAAGAGCCUAUUACCAUCACAGGUUUUAUCAAGAAAAAUUCAAAGACUACCCCAAGUUUCGAAAAGCUUUGAUUCCAUUCAUCUUUUGAGACCAAAACACCUGC